UAGCAUAGAAUCUGUUCUUGUCCACUAGUAUCUAGGUCUAUUUUUUCCUUUGGGCAGCAUGACCUUGAUUAGGUGGCAUUGUUGCUGUCAGAGUGUGAAGUAAAUACUGCUGAGCUUGCUGCGGCACGGGGAUAUGUCUCCUUACAGACGGAGUGAGCUUCACGGAAAAGUGAUUGCUUGACCGUCUCGUUCGUAGUUUCUGUUCCUCUCUUUGCGGUUCCAAACUACUUCAGUUGCCCAAGGACGUCACGAUGUCGUCACAGGCCGAUCAAUCGGGCCAGACACCCCCCGUGUCAGAUAGAAAACCCGAGAAGCCGGCGCCAGCGUCGUUCGCGGACAAGCUGGAGGCGUUCAGCCAGGAGAAGUUCGCGUCGUUCCGAGCCGCCGUCAGCAGCCCCAACCUGCUCACGCCUGACAAGCCCGCCGAUACUCUCGAGGAGCAGGAAGCCAAGGUGAAGGCGUUGCGGGAAGCCAUCGGGCCGCUGGCGGGGCGCGCGAAGCUGUUCUGCACGGACGCGUGCCUGCGGCGGUACCUCCGCGCGCGCGGCUGGAAUGUCCCCAAGGCGGAGAAGAUGCUCCGCGACACGCUCCGCUGGCGACACCUGUACCGACCGGAGGAGAUCACGUGGGACGACGUGGCGGGAGAGGCGGCGACCGGCAAGGUGUACCGGACGGCAUUUAUGGACAAGAAGGGCCGCGCCGUCGUUGUCAUGUCCGCCGGCCGCCAGAACACGUCGGGGCACGAGGGGCAGGUGCGGCACCUGGUGUACGCGUUAGAGAACGCCAUCAACCACCUGGCGGAGGGCACAGCGCACAUGGUGUGGUUCAUCGACUUCCGCGGGUGGACGCUGCGCAAGGCGCCACCGCUCAAGACGUCGCGCGAGGUGCUCACCAUCCUGCAGAACCACUACCCCGAGCGGCUCGGCCAGGCCGUGGUGUACGACCCGCCGCCCGUCUUUGAGACGUUCUGGAAGAUGAUCCGCCCCUUCGUGGACCCCAACACGUUCAAGAAGAUCCUCUUCGUGUACCCCAACAAGCGCGACACCAUCGCAAAACUGGAGGAGAUCUUUGACCUCGACCGCCUGGACCAGGCCUUUGGCGGGCGCGCCGUGUGGGCGUUCGAGCUGGACGCGUACAGCCGGGUCAUGCGGGAGGACGACGCCAGAGCGAAGGCGUUCUGGGGCAUCCCGCCCACUGGCGUCGCUAGCCCCAGGCGCAGGGCUCAGGUGCAGGCCAUGCCUGGGGGAGGUGCAGAAGCAGAGGCAGGGGGGGAAGGAGCAGGCGAGGUAGGCGAGGGCCGGGAGCAGGCUGCAGCAGAGGGGGGAGCGGAGGAGGGGCAGGUGGCUGCAGAAGCAGUAGGGUUGUCGGGUGGUGCUGGGCCGGCAGGAUUGGGAGGGCAGGAGGCGGGGGCGCUGCUGUCUGAAGCAGAGAACGGGGGCAGGGCGGGUGAGGGCUACAGUGUUACAGUAGGGGGGGCUGACUGGGGUGAUUCCCCAGCAGCAGCAGCAGCAGCAGCAGCAGCAGCAGCAGCGACAGCUGAGUGUCCAGAGCUAGAGAGGGGGGAGAUGAAUGGCAGUGCAGGGGAGGGUGACAGAGAGCAGGACGGCAGUUUCUGGCUGCCACUGAACGAGCCGCCACCCAAGGAGAGUGUGCAUGCGCAGAGCAUAGCGCACGCGCACCAUGUGCUCAAGAGCACGUUCAGCAAGAUGAGCAUCGAGUUCAAGAAGCCCGCCUGGAUGCAGUGAUCGGGGUGGUCAUCUGCAGACUGAUGCCUCGUGUUACAGUUUUUAGUGUUGGGUUGCAGCAUUGAUGCGGC